AUGAAUGCUGACAAGGUUGGAUCAGAAUCAUGGCCUUCAACCGCAACUGGACACACCAACCAGGGGAAGGGGCUAAAGAGAAAAGUGGCAUCAUAUGAAAAGCUCACAGAGGCAAAGAAAGGAAAAAUGUGUGACAAGGCGAAACCCAAAAAAAAACCAGAAAGGGAAUACUUAAUUGGCUCAGAGGUGUAUCAUGGACUGAAAAAAUUCGGACAGCCACAGCGAUGUCCACUGAGAAAAGCAGAAAGAUUGCAUGUGAAGGUGGGUCGCCCUGGUCCAGAGGAACAACUAACCGACGGACAACUCCAGAUUGUCGAAGAAAACGACGAAAUCUCAAGUUCUGAGAAUUUGGAGUCUUUGAAUGCGCAGGUAGCGCGUCUAAGGCGGGAGCUGUCUAAACAAAGUGCGACCUUGCAGGAACAGCAAACAUUGAUUUGGGAGAAGAAUGUCAUCAUUCAAAAUUUAGAGGAUGAAAAGAAGUUAUUGUUUGCUAAGAGUGAUGGAAUUUUUGAAAAAGUAAACGAGCAAGUACUGGAAGGAUUCCUGGAUUCGUCAGAAAUCGAACGAACAUUGGAGAGGCACUUCAACAACUGGGGGCCAUGCCAAGAAAGGUCUCCUGGCUACGAAAGAUCACUUGAUCAUGAACAACAAACGAUACUGUCAGAUGUGGAGUCACCGAGUGACACAGAGUCGAGGGUUAAUUUAGAGCAUUGCCGGAGGACAUGGGAGAAUUCACACUAUCAUCGGAAGAGCUACCACAACCAGUGCGACGAUUGGCUGACACGUCAGAACUUGCACCAUUAUUGGAAGAGCCACCGGAAAGUGAAUCCGAGUCUGAAGAAACCACGGAGGGUGGCAGCCUGGGAGAGAGAGUAG